CCUAUUUGCAUGCAAUGCUUGCCUUGAGAGUUGUUAAUUGUUUCUUCUUUGAUUCUAUAAGAGUUAAAACGGUGUGAACAUUUCAUCACAUCAUUACAUCAACUUCAUCAUUCCUUUUCUCUUUCUCUCAUUUUCCUUGCUGUUGCUGCUUGUGCUUGUGCUUGUGCGCUCUGAUCUGAAGAUGGGGAGGCCUCCUUGCUGCGAUAAAGCAAAUGUCAAGAAAGGCCUCUGGACUCCGGAAGAAGAUGCUAAGAUACUUGCAUAUGUAUCUAACCAUGGAGUCGGUAAUUGGACUCAGGUUCCUAAGAAAGCAGGACUUAAUAGAUGCGGUAAGAGUUGCAGGCUUAGGUGGACUAACUACCUGAGGCCUGACCUUAAACAUGAAGAAUUCACAGAACAAGAAGAGCAGCUCAUCAUUCAGUACCAUGCAGCUAUAGGCAGCAGGUGGUCCUUAAUUGCGAAACAUCUGCCAGGAAGAACAGAUAACGAUGUGAAGAACUACUGGAACACCAAGCUGAAAAAGAAGCUUGCUAAAAUGGGUAUUGACCCUGUUACUCAUAAACCAAUCUCAAAAAUCCUAUCUGAUUAUGAAAGCAUCAGCUGUCUAUCAAACAACCACCAAAUCAGAUCUCUUGACCAAAACAUAACCAAUUCUUUCUCCUCUCAAUGUAAGAUAUCGCCAUCUGAUAAUCCAGGAACUCAGUUCCAAGAUGUUACCUCUUUUAACCGUUAUAUUUUAGAAGAAGUAUCGUCUUCAUCCUUAUCAUCCUCUACAUCAUCAAUAUCAAAUGGACAGUCGAGCUCACACCUGCUGGUGCCAACUGCAGCCUACAGCUGGGGACAGAAAAACUCUGUUGACCCUCUUCUAGUUACUGAUAUUACAGAGGAAGAGCACAACUACCAGGGUUUUCUAGCAGCAGAUUCACCGCCCCAAAUCCUGGAGAAAUCAUCACAAUUCCAGCUCAUUGGUGUAAACCACUCAAACAGCAAGGUUACAGAUGACAAGUUUGGGAUGCCUGACUGUAAAAGUGCAGCUAAGAAUACUGUAACAAGCAGCUGCUAUGACUACGAGCCCUUGUCAGUGAACUCCUUUGUUAAGACUCUAUUGGAUCGUGACAACGAGAUACAGUUAGAUUUUCCUGCUUUUGAUGACAUCUUAGACUACUAAUUUUGAACAAAUUGGCCCUU